UUAAAAGGCAGAGCUGACACUCCGGUCGUAGCCGCGGCUAGCAGGAUCCAACGUCGCUGCGGAUACCCUUAACAACCUCGCAGACCCCCCGCCAUGGCCAGCAAAGGCUUGCAGGACCUGAAACAGCAAGUGGAGGGGGCGGCCCAGGAAGCCGUGACAGCGGCCGGAGCAGCAGUUCAGCAAGUGGUGGAUCAGGCCACAGAAGCAGGGCAGAAAGCCAUGGACCAGGCGGCCAAAUCUACCCAGGAAACCAUCGACAAGACUGCUAACCAGGCCUCGGAGACUUUCUCGGGAUUCGGGAAAAAAUUGGGCCUCCUGAAAUGACAGAGGGGAGCCAUGGGUGACACCUCCAGGCCCUGAGCUCUGGUCAGCGGCUGCUCCCUGGCUUGCGCCUCAUUAAAGCACGUGUCCCUA